GUCCUGCGCUGCUGCUGGUGUGCAGAGAUUCAGUCCCGAGAACAGCAGACCAAAACAGCGGUCAAACCUGACACUUUUCAUUUGACACCUAUAUUCAGGACGCAGAGUAAAUGGGAAUAAUGCAUCCCUGGUUUAAACAGAUAAGAGAGGUCCGCUCUUUUACAGACUGAAUGCAAAGCAAGACAAUCCGCCAGCCUGUCUCUCUCUCUCAUCAGCGCCGCGCUCAGUUUAUAUCUCUUUCUUUCUGUUUGUCCUUCUCUCUUCUAUUUUUAUCUCUUCCACUACAGAGACCUCCAGGACGUAUUUUUUAAGGAUUCUUAAGCCACAGAGAUGGGUGCAUUUCUUGAUAAGCCAAAGAUGGAGAAGCACAAUGCUCAUGGGGAUGGAAACGACCUGCGCUACGGCCUGAGCAGCAUGCAGGGCUGGCGCGUGGAGAUGGAGGAUGCGCACACUGCUGUCAUCGGUCUGCCCAACGGCCUCGACCCCUGGUCUUUUUUUGCAGUUUACGAUGGGCACGCGGGAUCGCAGGUGGCACGUUACUGCUGCGAGCACCUCCUGGAGCACAUCACCAGCAACCCUGACUUCCAGGGUGGAGGCAGAGGUGGGGGUCCGAACGUGGAGCCCAACGUGGACAGCGUGAAAUCUGGAAUUCGCACUGGUUUCCUGCAGAUUGACGAUCACAUGCGGCAAAUCUCAGAGAAGAAGCAUGGUGGUGCCGACCGCAGCGGCUCGACAGCCGUCGGUGUGAUGAUCUCACCCCGCCACAUCUACUUUAUCAACUGCGGAGACUCGCGGGGGCUGCUGAGCCGCGGAGGGGCUGUGCACUUCUUCACACAGGACCACAAACCCAGCAACCCAUUGGAGAAGGAGCGAAUCCAGAACGCUGGAGGAUCCGUGAUGAUCCAGCGUGUGAAUGGGUCCCUGGCGGUUUCCAGGGCUCUGGGGGACUUUGAUUAUAAAUGUGUGCACGGUAAGGGUCCUACUGAGCAGCUGGUGUCGCCGGAGCCUGAGGUGUAUGCUAUCGAGCGGUCGGAGGCAGAGGACGAGUUUAUUGUUCUAGCUUGCGAUGGGAUCUGGGAUGUGAUGGCUAAUGAGGAGCUCUGUGAUUUUGUUCGUUCACGGCUUGAGGUUACUGAUGAUCUGGAGAGGGUCUGCAAUGAAAUUGUAGAUACCUGUUUGUACAAGGGAAGCCGUGACAACAUGAGUGUUGUGUUGGUGUGUUUUGUUGGUGCACCGAAGGUUUCCCCUGAAGCUGUAAAAAGGGAGGCUGAGCUUGAUAAGUACCUGGAGAGCCGAGUAGAAGAGAUUCUGAAGAGGCAGGGGAACGAGGGUGUGCCAGACUUGGUACAUGUGAUGCGCACGUUAGCGUCUGAGAGCAUCCCCAACCUUCCACCUGGAGGAGAGCUGGCCAGCAAGCGGAGUGUAAUCGAGGCAGUAUACAACAAACUUAACCCAUACAGGAACGAGGAUACAGUGUUCUACCAUCCAGCAAGUCUUUACUGACAACAAACGUGACCGAAGAAGAUCUGCAAUAAGAGGCGCCCAGUGAGCAAGCCAAAGGCCAAGGCGACCGUGGCAAGGAACCCAAAAGUCCAUAAGAUGAUAGUUAAUGGAGAGGAGAAAAAAAACCUUGGGAGAAACCAGGCUCAGCUGUGGAAGCCAUAUACAGCAUGAAUAUAUUGCCAAUAUCAGUUAUCUAUGUGCAAUAUAAUUAAUGUAUUAAUUGAGUAAACUGAGUAGAUGUUGGUGGGCAAUGUUUAAAACUAAAGGAUAUUGACUGAACUGUAAGAUUAAUGAUUAAGUGUCUUUGAAGUCCAUCCCGAAUUGAAUGUGGAAGAUGAAGGCAGAUAGUUGGCAUUAAUUUAUUGUCUAUAUAUUCCGUUUCAAGAGAGUGAAGUCCAUUCUUUGUCUGGCUGGAAACUUGUGGAUAGAUUUCUGUCAAACAUAACACCUAAGUUCUUAACUGUAGAAGACAAUAUAACAGUAAUCUAUCAAGAGAGAAAAAAUAUAUUGUAGCUUAUUUUUAGAGGUUUUUGGUUCAAUAAUAAAUAACUCUGAUUUGUCAGAACUGAGUAGAAGGAAAUCCAGUCUUUGAUACCAUUUAUACACUCUGCUAACUUGGAGAACUGGGAAAUUUCACUAGGUCUUGAAGAUGUAUAAAGCUGAGUAUCAUCAGCAAAACAGUGAAAACUAAUUCCAUGUUUCCUGAUGAUGUCUCCCAGGGGAAGCAUAUACAGUUGUGCUCAAAAGAUUGCAUACCAACCACACCGUCUUUUUCCAGAGCAGCCUGUAUUUCUCCUAAGGUUACCUGUGGGUUUUUCUUUGUAUCCUGAACAAUUCUUCAGGCAGUUGUGGCUGAAAUCUUUCUUGGUCUACCUGACCUUGGCUUGGUAUCAAGAGAUCCCCGAAUUUUCCACUUCUUAAUAAGUCAUUGAACAGUACUGACUGGCAUUUUCAAGGCUUUGGAUAUCUUUUUAUAUCCUUUUCCAUCUUUAUAAAGUUCCAUUACCUUGUUACGCAGGUCUUUUGACAGUUCUUUUCUGCUCCCCAUGGCUCAGUAUCUAGCCUGCUCAGUGCAUCCAUGUGAGAGCUAACAAACUCAUUGACUAUUUAUACACAGACACUAAUUGCAAUUUAAAAAGCCACAGGUGUGGGAAAUUAACCUUUAAUUGCCAUUUAAACCUGUGUGUGUCACCUUGUGUGUCUGUAACAAGGCCAAACUUUCAAGGGUAUGUAAACUUUUGAUCAGGGCCAUUUGGGUGAUUUCUGCUACCAUUAUGAUUUAAAAAGGAGCCAAACAACUAUGUGAUAAUAAAUGGCUUCAUAUGAUCACUAUCCUUAACUAAAAGAGUUUUUUUUUUUGUUUGUUUGUUUUUUUUUGCAUGAUCAGUCAUAUUUUCAAAAUCAAUGCCAAAUUUUCACAAUUUCUGCCAGGGUUUGCAAACUUUUGAGUACAACUGUACAAGGAGAAAAGCAGAGGACCUAAUACAGAGUCCUGUGGCACUCCAUACAUCUUGAUCUGAAAAUUAAACACAAACAAAGUGGUAGCGGUCAGAUAAAUAGGACCUAAAUCAUGAUAAUGCUUCUCAAGCCUAUCCCAGAGAAUGUCAUGAUCUAUGGUGUCGAAGGCAGCACUAAGAUCUAAAAGCACUAGUAGACGGAUGCAGCCACAGACAGAUGAUGAGAUCAAGUAAUUUGUGAAUCUGCUAAAUGCAGUCUCUGUACUAUAAUGGGGCCUAAAUUCAACUAAAAUUCUUCACAGAUACUAUUUCUAUGUAAAAAUUAACAUAGUUAGGAGGACACUACCUUUUCUAGUAUUUUAGACAUAAGAGAUUUGAGAUCAGUCUUUAAUUAGCCAGCUAUCCAGGAUUAAGCUGUGGUUUCUUGAUAAGCGGUUUGAUAACUACCAGCUUGAAAGUUCUGGGGACAUGUCCUAAAUAUAGCGAGGAGUUAAUAAUAUUGAGAAGAGGUUCUGAGAUUACAGGAAACACCUCUUUCAGUAGCUUAGUGGGUAUAGGCUCUAGCAUACAUGUUGUUACUUUUGACAUAACUGCGAUGGUUUGAAAUUGCUCGAAGAUAAUACUAUGAGAAUACUUCUGAAGUGCUGUGAUGGUUGCAUUAUUCCCAAUUUCUUUUUGACGGUCUCUAUUUUAAUAGUAAAUAAAUUAAUAAAGACAUUAUUACUGUGCUGCGAGGGAAUAUUUGGUUCAGCACCUCUAAUUUUGUACUAUUCCACUUGCGUUUCAGUUUCUGAGCUGCUGUCAUAAGAAAAUGAGAAUGAUCAUUGUGGAGGGGUUACAAACGAAGGGUGGAGUUUAGGGUAGGAAGGUAGGUUUUGUUGAUUUAUAACUUGAUAAAGCAUUAACCUUAAACUUAACUGCUUUUCAUCUUACAUUUGCUUUUUAUGACACUACCAGUCAGGUUUAGGUUUAAAAUUUAAUUUAGGGUAGGGGGUUGGUUGGUUUUGUUGAUUUAAAACAAGCAUCUUAAAAACCUCAUCUGUUUGGGAGAACAUUUAACUCACUUUUAGCGCCACACAAUGGACAUUUCACCGUAGAAAUGCCACAAUACGUGUAAUGAAUAUAAUGUUGCAAAAAUGUUGCCACAGUCACACAAUUUUCAUGAAUUUUCACUCUGACAACAAGAGACGACUGGGUUUUCAUGUAAAGCAAAUAUGGGAAAUCUUUCCUUUUAGCCUUCUAAGUUCAAAAGGCAUUAUUCUUUAUAAUGACCUUCCCCCCCACUAUGAAGUGUGGAACAGCCCUUUAAAUGCAUAUUAUGAUGCAAUAAUUGACCAUAAAUCAGGGAACAACGAUGCAUAGCCCAUCAAACGAGACAUGUAACAAGGUCCACAAGCAGAGUGCUGCUGUACCUGACCUGACACCUGAAGCAGAGUUUGAUAGAAGGUGUUAGAUGUGAUGCCGUUUUGUGUUAUGUUGUAAUGAGGGCACACAGUUCAUAACCAUCAGAGCAGACGUGGGGCUUGUGAAGGGACCAGUCCACAGUGAAACUCUCUUCAUGCAGCAAGAGUCUUUUCAUUGGUGCUGAUGGUGUUGAUUACCUAUACAGGAUUCAGUUAUUUUAGAACAAAUCAGAUCAGCCUCAAAUAGAUCCAGCUGUGUGAUGAUAUAGCUCAGCUUUAACAGUAAAUGUUGAUUCAGGUUUUUUUCCUAUAUAAAGUGAAGUACAGCUGGCGACUAUUCCAAUUCCAAAUAAGUCAUAUUCUGUUAUGCAAGGGAAUGUUAUCUUCUGUUUAGACAUAAGAUUGUUGGAACAGUACCGACAGUCUCCCUUUCUGUGUAUGGUGCUGAAUAUUUAAGAUAACUGAAUAAAGAUUCCCUCUC